UAUUUUGUGGAGUCUUUGGAUGCUUUGGAUCGAAGGAUCCUUCCCGCAGCCGAGUUCCUUGCCCAGCUGUAUUAGCUCUUCCAAGUUCCAAGUCCAACCCCACUUCUCCCCUUUCCCUCCCCGCUUCUUCUUAAAGCUUCGAGUCAGAAUCAAUCUCCUCCCCCAACGCAAGGCAGACUUCUUCUUCCCUCAUUCGUCGUCCUCCCAAUCACCGGAUACCGGAAUCAACCAGGACGAGGACCCCUCGUACAUCAUGUCAGCGAGCAAUCUGAGGCGGCGGCUCCAUCACGCAGAUGUUGAUGGAAGGAAGAAUGAACAUGUUGACAUAUCCCAUGUAGAUUCCCUGGAUGAACCUCUACUAGGGAAAUCUAGUUAUGACGGUGGCGGAUCGGAAGUAUAUGACCCCAGAAGGCAAGACUUGUGGGAUGAUGAUGAUAGGAAAAAGGAACAAUUACACUGGUCAUUUCUUUUCUCAAAUUUGAUUGCGCAGUGGGCACAGUGGUUAGCAAAUAUUAUUGUAAGCUCCGGGUCAAUUUUUGGUAGGUUGUUUCCCUUUUCUUCGGAUAACGAAACCAGCAAUCCAGUAUAUCUUAGUCCUUUGCAGGAAGAAAGAUUGGACAAUUUAAGACGCAGAUUGAAAAUCCCUUUUGAUGGUUCCCGUAUUGAGCACCAAGACGCCUUGAAACAACUGUGGAAGUUAGCUUACCCAAGUCGCGAGAUUCCUCCUCUAAAAUCAGAAUCGUGGAAGGAGAUGGGUUGGCAAGGCACUGAUCCAUCAACAGAUUUCAGGGGUGGUGGAUACAUAUCAUUGGAGAACCUCAUCUUUUUCGCUAGGAACUACCCAGCAUCCUUUCAAAUGCUUCUGAACAAAGUGCAAGGUCAAAGAGCAGAUUGGGAGUACCCUUUUGCAGUUGCUGGUAUCAACAUUUCAUUCAUGCUGAUCCAGAUGUUGGAUCUGCAAUCAACUGUUCCAUCUUCAAAGUCAGGAAUUCGUUUCCUGGAACUACUCGGACGAGAUGAACAUGCGUUUGAUCACCUCUAUUGUGUAGCCUUUCGGAUGCUUGAUGCCCAGUGGCUCGUGAAACGUGCUUCAUAUAUGGAGUUCAAUGAGGUGAUGAAAUCCACGAGAACUCAGUUGGAGCGUGAACUGGUUUUAGAGGAUGUAUUGGCGGUCAAGGACCUACCGUCUUACACAAUGCUGGACAAAUAAUAGAGCUUUUGCAUUUGAUUUGCCGUGAGAUAUAACUGACUCUGCUAUGGGGGAAUGGGGGCUCAGACUGAAGGGUUACUUACUUAUGAUGUGUCAGUGUCUGAUGAUAGAUGAUAAAUUGUGUAUGGCCCCUUGUUGUGGCUAUAUAUUGUUGCAUGCAGUACAUAUUGAACUUGAUCAUGGCUAGGAAGACAGUACAUCACACAGACAUCCAAAAAUUUGAGGAGUUGUAAAUGUCUGUACCUAAUAAUAAAGGGACUAUUGCUUUUGGCGGUACAUCAC